GAAUCUCAUUUACAAGUUAGAACCUUCUCGGCUAGUACCGGAAGUUCUUUAUUUUCCACACAACCUUCGAAGCUUUUAUCUUUUGAUUUUUUUAGUUGUCACACAACUUUAGCAGAGCUCUUUCUACUGCAUCUGGAUCGUCACAGUUCACAAUGGAACCUCAAUCGAAUGGAGUUGCUGCCUCCAGAGCCACAGCCUUGAGCAGUAAUAUGAAAAUCAAUAUCCAAACAGACACUAACUCAACAGACAAUCCGCAUUAUCCUAAAGUUGAAUCACAUCUCAAACACAACGCGGCCGCCAUCAGCACAAGUGAACGCUGCUCAACACAUGCUGUUUCCAAAGAUACUUCUACAAAUAAGUUCUCAUCACCACUACCUAGUUGUUCCUUCUUCAAUAAGCUCCCCAUAGAGACGCGCGAUAUGAUCUACAAGCUCUUGCUGGUAAACCCAAUUCUUGGCAAAAGCUGCAGUGUGACCGAUCGUACUAGUACGCCCAGAAUUUCUCAACCACACGGACCAAGCCAGCCACCACUGAAGUAUGAACUCGAACCCCAAGUUCUUCGGGUUUGCCGUGCGAUGUACCUGGAAGCAUCUGACAUUCUUUACGGAUCCAAUACUUUCUACAUCGCUUGCUGCAGAUAUGAAUCCUCGUUAGAUUGUCGUCCAAGCCGCUCUGCAUUUAACAGAGGUGUGGAAAUGACGCCCAUUAUGAGACAUUAUAACAGAUUGAGUCACGGACAACUUUUUCUAUUUGAUCAUCCAGCAGUGGUGAAGAUUAAACUCUGGAGAGUUAUUGUCAGUUCGUUUAUAGACUCGGAUAUGUUGGGAGGAUGGCACGAAACGAGGGUUUGGUCGAUGGAAAACUUUUGUCAAGCCAUCACUCAGUCCCGAUCCAUAUCUCUUGAGAUUGCACUAGCACCACUUGGUCUGGAGAAGUGUGAGGAGUCGUCUUGGUUCCGAGACGAGGUCACAUAUCAAGAACUGAAAGAUAUGCUCAUACCUCUACGAAUGCUACGUGGGGUCAAAAAGCUUCAAUUCCGAGAUGCAAGUUGGGACGAAUUACCAGAUGUUUACCCUUACAAUGUUUUUUGGGGCAAAAAUUGUCGAUCCAUCAUUCCUACCUCAAGUUUAGAAAAAGAAAUCAGGUCAAUCAUAAUGGGGAACUCCUUGGUAGAGCUCUCUCGCGGAAUGUAUCUUCGACUCAUGCGUUAUGCACAGGCAUUUGAGGCAAUUGACACUUUCAAGUCUGAAAUGCGCUACUCAUCUACUGGCAGCGUAGGAAAAUUUCUGAUGCACUAUGGAUUGUGUCCUGGCAGUAAUCGUUGGAUGCACAAGCCCCGCGAUCCAACUACCCAGAGUUCACAUCCUGUCGAAAGUUGCCUUAGGCAUGCGGAGAUUCUCUCGUCCUCAAAUUAUAACCCAAGGGCAUUCAAAUUAGAACGCGCCAGCAUUAUACAGUAUCUAGAGCCGCAAUAUCAAAGGGCGAAGUUGGCAUGUUUGGAUCUCACGGAGUUCAUCAAGUGGGAAAAGAGAAAGGAAGGAAUGCUUUCGCCCAAACUUUCUCGAGAAUGGCACUCUUCCAAGAUUGCUGCAGAGGCCAUUCUACUCCUAGAAAGAUAUGAAAAAGCUCUCCAAAGAGAUUUUCCAUAUUAUGACCAAAUCAAACAUCGAGACAAUCUUCGAAAAGAAAUUUCGUUCUAUAACAAUCUCCCACGAAACGUCCUCAUGAGACAGGCUACCGAUGCUUUUGAUGCGAUGAAUUGGCAAUUUUUCACAAGUUGUUUUAAAAGAGUGGUAGAUGAUCUGGAUAAACAAUUUAUGGAAAUGAGAAGUGCGAGGAAAGAGCUUUUUGAAGACGAUGAAGCAAUAGAUACCGGGUGUGACAUUGAGUUGGAUUCGAACAUGUGCAUCGACAUGAUUGACUGGACGAAAGAUGAACCUAGAUUUGGACCAAUUUCUAACGACCCAGAGUGGAAUGGUUCGAGAUAUAGGUUGAUGAGUUGAAUGGAGGGGAAGAGGUCGAGGAUGAUUGGGACUGGGAUUGGGCGAUAUUUGAGCCGGGGUUCAUUGCAAAGGCUAUGAAGGGGUGAGCUGGGUACGAAUGGAAUGGGAAAAUGGGCAGAUAAAUCAAGAAUAAUGAUAUUUUCGCGGUUGGCACGCAAGUUGUACAUAGAUACCCAAGGAGAGCAUUGUGAAGGAACGCAAGUAGUCAUGAUGAUAUAAUGCUUCUGCAUCAUUC